AUGAAAUCAAGCCAACAGAAGUACGAAAACCCGAAACAAGCAGGAAGUCUGGGCGGGGUUCCACCCUUUGCGAAAGCAAACAAACUCUCCACCCGAGAAGGGCAACAACUAUUGCAAUCACUACCGAGUUAUACGUUGCAUAAGCCUCGCCGCCUCCAUUAUCCUACGGAACCCGUGAUGGUGUUAUCUAUCAAUCAGCAGUGUGUUUUUGAUUUAAUGGAAGUGGGUCAGCUAGCCAUAUGGAAUAAAAAGACCCGUUAUUUAUUAAGCGUCAAUGAUGUUCUUUCGAAAUUUGCUUGGGUAGUACCUUUGAGAAACAAGUCUCCGAAAGAAGUCGCCAAAGCUUUUGCUAAGGCAUUAAAACAGAGUGGACAAAUUCCUUUGACGAUUGAAAGCGACGACGGCCAUGAGUUCAAAAACGCAACAUUUAGAGCCUUGUUGAAAAAACAUCAGAUUCAUUUAUUUUCUACCAAAGGAGACACCAAAGCCGCUGUCGUGGAACGGUUCAAUCUUUACAUUUAAACAACGCUUAUACCGCUACCUCACCGCCGCAAAUUCAUUGCAUUAUUUAGACGUUUUACCGGCUCUUGUAAAAGGCUAUAAUUCUACCACUCAUCGAAGUAUUAAAAUGUCGCCCAAAAAUGUGAAUGCUAAGAAUGAACGACAAGUGUGGUUGAAUUUGUAUCGAAACGGAUCAAGGCCAAGCGACAAAAACCUAUCUUUCAAGUGGGGGAUCGUGUGCGAUUGAGUAAAAAACAAAAAGUGUUUGAUGAAUCCUAUUUGCCACAAUGGACCGAGGAAGUCCUUUUAGUUAGUCAAGUGAUUCCUGGGGUGGUCAUUACCUAAGAGAUUACAGAAUGGAACGGGACCCCUAUUGAAGGUAGUUUUUACAAACAAGAAUUACAGAAAGUGAAUGUAGACGAUCAAUUAUUCCGGGUUGAAAAAGUCUUGGGGCGAAAAGGCAAUCAACUCAAAAUGCGCUGGAAGGGAUUUAGUCGGGAUUACGAUUCAUUGAUUCAAAAUCAGAUCUUGUAA